GGUUCUCGUGUAUUAUUUGAAUGUCUCUCUCUGUCCUCUUUAUAAAGUUUCAGUAACCAACUCCUCUUUGUAAUCUGGUUAUAGCUUUUGCUUCUUGCAAACUUGUUAUGCCUUGCUUUAUAUUUCAUUCUUCUUUGCAAUUAUCCUUUCAGUUUGUUUCCUUUCCAAUUGCUCUAAUCUUCGAUUUAGAUUCUUUUAGUUUCCUCUGUUUCAUGCUUCUUGUUUUAAUUACCCCCAUUUUUCUGUUAAAAUUUGUCCUACCAAUCCAUCAGUGAAAUAAUUUUUAUUCCUCUUUUGUUGGAGAGAACCCAAUAGAAAAAUAUUAGUAAAAAUCAACUUUUAAGUAUUAAUAGUAAAGGAUAAUAAAAACCCAAUACUCUGUUCUAUGUCUCUAUUCUUCCUCCAGAUAUGGAGAAAAAGGUGGAAACAAGCUCUCCUGUUGGGGUUCUUGAAGACUACUUUAGAAAUGAAGAAUCUGAAAGUUGUUCUUCGAAAGAACCCACAUCAGACUUUGAAGCUAAUAAAAGUCCAAAACCCGCUUCUCGUUGGCGCGGAUUUGUUCAGUUGUUAAGAAGUAGAUCAAAGAAACCUUUAGCUACAUUGCAUCCUCUUAGUGUCCUAAAGCUCUCAUUAAGAAAGAGCUCUAGCAUGAAAGAGAUGGUACCAAGUUUUUUUGCAAAUUCUGAUUCUUACAAUUUAAAUUCCCCAAGAAUGAAUUUCACUCUUCCCGAGUUACAAGCUGCAACCGACAAUUUUAGCCAAGAAAAUUUGAUAGGAAAGGGAGGUUAUGCUGAAGUUUACAAAGGGCGCUUGAAAAAUGGGAAAUUGGUGGCUAUCAAGCGGCUAACGAAAGGAACACUUGAUGAAAUGAUUGGAGAUUUCCUAUCCGAGAUGGGGAUUAUGGCUCAUGUGAAUCAUCCUAAUACAGCUAAGUUAAUUGGCUAUGGAAUUGAAGGAGGAAUGCACCUUGUUCUUGAAUUGUCUCCACAUGGGAGCUUAGCUUCUCUGCUUUAUGGUUCCAAACAGACAUUGAAAUGGCAUGUUAGGUAUAAAAUUGCAUUAGGAACAGCUGAGGGUUUACUCUAUCUUCAUGAGGGUUGCCAGAGAAGAAUAAUACAUAGAGAUAUUAAGGCUGCUAACAUUUUGCUUACAGAAGACUUUGAGCCUCAGAUUUGUGAUUUUGGGCUUGCAAAGUGGCUACCAGAGCAUUGGACUCACCACAUUGUAUCCAAAUUUGAGGGCACAUUUGGUUACCUUGCGCCAGAGUACUUAAUGCAUGGAAUAGUAGAUGAAAAAACUGAUGUUUUUUCCUUUGGUGUGCUGCUGUUGGAAUUAGUCACUGGUCGACGAGCGCUUGAUUACUCUCAGCAAAGCCUUGUCUUGUGGGCAAAACCUUUGAUAAAGAAGAAUGAGGUUAGAGAGUUAGUUGAUCCUGCUCUUGCUGAUGAUUAUAACACUCAACAAAUGAAUCUCAUGCUUUUGGCUGCUUCUUUGUGCAUACAACAGUCUUCUUUAAGGAGGCCUCAAAUGGCACAGGCUGUGCAAAUUCUAAAUGGUAAUAUCAGCUGCUUGAAAUCAAUGAAAAGAUCCCGUGUGGCGUUCUUUCGAAAAGCUUCCCGUGAGGAGUUAUUCAAACAAGAGGAUUAUAAAUCCCCCAAGAAUAUUAGAUCAUCUCAGUUGGUCUAAUAUGUUGAUUUUGGUUUUAAGAGCAACAUUUCAUCUUUGUUCACCUAACCGCAGCUUUUUCAUUCUUAAAGGAAUGAAAAACUAUCAGGUUUGAACCUGUGAUAUCUUGCAGGCAGAAACUCUACUGGUGGGCUAUGAGUUGUUUAUGAAGCAAAUUAGUAUCUUAGGGCAGCCGAGCCUCCAUAACCAUUAAAAUAUAGGCGGAGGACUUUGUAAAGCAGAAAGGAACAGUUUUCAACUUAUGUACAUAAAGAAAUGCAAAAGGAAUCAAGAGGAAGAAAGUUUCUUGGUGGAAAAACAGGAAAGAAAAGGUUAAGUAUGGGAAUCCAUGGGAUUGGACUGUGGCUUAUGUGCAUCGUAGAAUCCUAUAUCUUUAUCAGCUUCUGUAUAUGAAAGAAUCUUAGGAAGGGAACAAUACUACAAAGGCAAAGAAAGGUUAUUUUACUUUACAAUUUCCUUGCAUGCUUAUGUUCCUCGCAAAGGGACAGCUCAACCUUAAAACUACAUUGUGACUGUAAAUUUCUGCAAAGUUAUUAAUUGUAUUAAAAAAUUUUGAUUUAUGUAUUCACAUAUUUAAACAUUA